AUGUUGAGUACAAGUACACGAGUUUAUUCAGUUGCUAGGGUUUAUGCAGAUGUCAAUAGUAAUAAGCCUACAGAUUAUUGGGAUUAUGAGAAUCAUAAAAUAACUUGGGGAGAUAUUAGAAAUUAUGAAAUUAUUAGUAAAAUUGGUAGAGGUAAAUAUUCAGAAGUAUUUCAAGGUGUUAAUAUUUUAAAUGAUGAACCAUGUGUUAUUAAAGUAUUAAAACCAGUUAAAUUAAAGAAAAUCUAUCGAGAAGUUAAAAUAUUACAAAAUUUAACUGGUGGACCAAAUGUUAUUGGGCUUUUAGAUAUUGUACGAGAUGAACAAUCCAAGAUUCCAGCAUUAGUAUUUGAAAGAGUUAAUAAUGUUGAUUUUAGAGUUUUAUAUCCAAAGUUUACAAUUAAAGAUAUCCAAUACUAUUUCACUCAAUUAUUAAUUGCAUUAGAUUAUUCACAUUCAAUGGGUAUAAUUCAUAGAGAUGUAAAACCUCAAAAUAUUAUGAUUGAUCCAUUAAAUAAAAAAUUACGAUUGAUUGAUUGGGGUUUAGCAGAAUUUUAUCAUGCUGGUAUGGACUACAAUGUAAGAGUUGCUUCUAGAUAUCACAAGGGACCAGAAUUACUAAUUAAUUUACAACAAUAUGAUUAUUCACUUGAUUUGUGGUCUGUAGGUUGUAUGUUGGGAGCAAUCAUUUUUAAAAAGGAACCUCUUUUUAGAGGCGAUUCAAAUAACGAUCAAUUGGUUCAAAUAGCAAAAGUUUUAGGAACAGAAGAUUUAAUGAAGUAUGUUAACAAAUAUGGUAUUAAAUUGAGUCUGGAAUAUGACGAUAUUUUGGGUACAUAUCCAAGAAAACCAUGGAAAUCGUUCAUAAAUAAUGAUAAUAGGCAUUUAAUAAGUGAUGAAGUGCUAGAUUUGAUUGAUAUUUUAUUGACUUAUGAUCAUCAAUUAAGACCAACUGCUAAAGAAGCAAUGGAACAUCCAUUUUUCAAGAUAUAG